CUCGUUUCUCGGGAGGAGGCAAGACGGGGGGACUCCAGUGUGUCGUACUCCAGGCGUUGUCAUUCGGGAGAGAGAAAGGGAGGUAUAUGACUAUGAAAAUCGGGGCAUUGAAGAUAUUGAAGAUAAGAUAGCUAAACUGUAUGAGAUUAGAGAGAUGAAGAAGAGGAAGGGCAAGGAACCGGCGAGUGUGGGUCGUAGGCCGUUUCGACAACCCGUCCUCCAGAGGGAUGACGGUUCAGUGGUUGAUACUCCUCGGGCUGAAUCUUCGAGGAGGGCGGAGGAACGGCAACGGACGAAGAUUCCGGCCGGAAGUGGUCCAGAGGGAAUCCUGGUGUAUGUACUUCAUCAGCGCAGGCUGCUUACUGGCAAGAACAAGGAACAACUCAAGGCUAUUUGCGCAGCGGAGGGCGUCGAGUACACUACUAAAGCACCGACCAUUGAAAAUAUAAUUGAGGCAAGGGUUAAGCUUGCCUAUGAAGGUUUUGUCUUCGUUCCAUCGUCUUCUGAUCGAGUUACGCCGGAUGAGGAGGAGACUCCUGGCAAUUGAAUGAGUCAUUUCGUGCGUGUCCGGCUUUGGCAGAAUCUGGUCGAUUGUAUGCACUUACGCAAUCAGCUUUGGCAUGAUCGUAAAUCCUCUCACCUUUGGCUGCUAUAUGAUAAGUGCGCGACCCUCUGUUUCGUAGCUCUGGCAAUUUUAGGUGAGGUACUAUGGAUGGGUAAGUUCGUAUCUCUGCUUCUCAAUGUCAGCUGGGAUUCCUGGGACAUUGGUCCCGUCGUGUAUGUUUUGACGUCCCCCUGGACUAGGGCACAGUACAUGGGGUCAUCUCCACGCGGUAUCUAUAUAAGGUGGGCAGAACAUAUUCGAACGGUUAAGGUUAAGGGACUUGGGGUCUGUCCUAGAUUGUAUAGAUGGCUGCAGAUGAUUGGUAUCGGGCAAUAUCUGAGUGUACCGCUGGUGAAUGGUGUAACUUCUGUGCAGUCUGCUGAGUUAGUAAUUGUCAAGAAUUUCUCUCCGAUUUUGAAUUAUAGGCGAUCUAUGCGGCAACAUGCUCGCAAUUCUAGGCCAGGAAGGAUUAAGAGACGAGGGAAGCGGAUUAGUGAUACUGACGUUGGAUUGGUUAAAGUCAGGGUGAUUGGUGGCCAAUGGUCGGAUAGUGUCUUGUCAUUGUUAAGACAGGCGGUGCUACUUAACAAAAUGAAGCUUUUCAUUGAAUUUUCUGCUGGCAAUUUGUGGCCUGAUGGUUGGCCUUUGUUGAGAAGAUGUUUCGGUGUCACUCUGGUUAAGUUGGGUUCCUUGAGAGUACCUCUGAAGGAUGCUAAGUCGAUGCUUCAAAAAGGAGGGGUUUGGGAGUUGGGUCCAAUUCUUUUCACUACUAAUAGACGGGCUAUCCAUAAGGGGCAACUCAAGUUGCACCUCCUCCAACCAUGGAGACGACGCCUGUUAAGGUUUGAGCCUGUUUCGUUGUUUGUUCGCUGGUUCAAGGGUUCCCGUGAGUUCUUCGGCAAACAGACUAGGGCGGUCCCUAAAGGCAUUUUGGCUCGUGCCAUUAAGUGUAGAACAGGUAUCGAUGUCCGUCACGGACUGGUUGUAAAAUUGCGCUAUGAUCAUCGGGUAGAUUCCACGAAAGUUCAUGCUGUGGUAUUGAGGAUGCUCUCGAGAUCGACAUUACCGCAGGCAGUUGCAGGACUACUUAAAAGGAAGAUUCGCUUUGUAUGGCGUAAAAAUGUACCAGUUAGUGGAUAUUUUCGCACGGUGCAGAAGUUGGGUAAAAUGAGUGAUGAUUGGGUCUGUAGUUGCCACCUCGAACCUGGGUGGGAGCAUUCUGGGUUGCAUGUUAUGACCCGGAUAGGAGGUAUACCAGGGAUACACGACCUUCUCCGGAACUCUCGUAAUGUAUCGAGGGUGCUUCCUAAACAUGGGUUUUUGGAACUGGGUAAACAGAUUGUUAGGAUAGCAAGCAACCUAAGAUCUUCGUAUGUGGUGGAGAAGCGUGAGUUGGAAGGAUGUUGGAAUUUACGAUUGGUGGUUGAGGAUGAUUAUUACUUGACUUUUCUGAAUCAGUGGUUCCUUCGUCUCAAGCCUUUCCUCUGUAUCCCGAUCGAUAGGAACACAGCGGAUACGCUGGUUGUAUGUCUGGUUCUGUAUAGGCACUAUUUGCACAUGUCUUUCACGUGGAACUCGUCGUUUCGAGCUGUGAGCUGUGGGGAAGAUGAAGUGCUUUUCCAAAUGCGGGAGGUUUUCUUGGACUUGAAUUUGCUCAUGCUCGGCAAGUGGGAUGCUGGUGGACGAUUUGGAGAAGCCUAUGUGCUGCCUAAGCACAAGGACUUGUCCAGAUGGCGUCCCAUCUCACCCACUUGCGCAGAACCCACUAAGUUAGCUAGUUCCAGGGUAGCUACUGCUUUGAAUGCUCUUCUGUUUGCCUUGCCGGCUAAUACGGGAUUCAACCUCAAAGCAGUUAUGCAUUUUCUGCCUGGGAUACUGGCUAUGGACCGAGACUUUCGCCAGAGGUACUAUCAUGAUUUGGUGACAGCAUCGUUCGAUGUCAAGGAUAUGUUUGUUUCGCUCCCGCACGCGGAGGUCAUCCGGGCUAUCGACGAGAUUACGGCCUACUAUGAUAAUAAAGGAUGGAAGGGGGUGCAAGUGGCUAAGAGAGGAAAGAAAGCCUGAUUGUCAUACGGUGGCGCUAGGAAUGAAUGUCUGCUUGUUUCUCUCCAUGAUGUGAGGAUGAUGGUGGGUUUUGAUCUUUGCUUUAUCUUCAUCCGGGCUGCAGGCCAGUUGCUCAGACAAGUGGUUGGUGUGCCUAUGGGGAAGUCAUCCAGCUGCCCGCUAGCUUGUAUUUUGUGCACUUACGCUGAGUUUUCAUUUCUCAAAAACCUCGGAGCGGAUCGCUAUUUCGUGCAUGGGUUUCGAGUGGUUGAUGAUGUUACUAUUUUUAUUGUUGAGGUUGGACAUCAUGGCCAUGAAAGGGCAAUGCGUAUUUUGGACUAGUUUUCGCAAUGCUAUGGUUCGAACCUGCGGCUUGUUCGUACGGAUAAUGACCAGAGCAGUUGGGUUUUUGCUGGGAUGGUAGUUUCCAGGUCUACAGGAACGCUACUUUUAAGU